AUGGAGCUUGAAGCCGCUCCUGAUGAUGAAGUAUUCAGUUCAAAUGAUGAGAUGCGGACGUUGUGGCCUCUGGGACAAGUAGACCCAAAGAGUGCGAGGUUCCCUUGUUGCAUCGUGUGGACUCCUCUCCCGGUAGUUUCCUGGCUGGCUCCCUACAUAGGGCACGUGGGGAUUGCCCGAGAGGAUGGAACUGUUUUGGACUUUGCAGGUUCGAAUUUAGUGAGUGUGGAUGAUCUUGCUUAUGGUUCUGUCGCCAGAUGCCUGCAGCUUGACAGGGCAAAGUGCUGCUUCCCUGCCAACAUGGCGGCACACGUGUGCGCGAGGUCCCACGAGCACUCGGAGGCCGGGACGGCGAUCUCGUGGGACGACGUGCUGCGGUCGGGGGCGCAGCGCUUCGAGCACAAGUGCUACAACCUCUUCACCUGCAACAGCCACUCGUUCGUGGCCGACUGCCUGAACCGGCUCGCCUACGGUGGCUCCGUAGGGUGGAACGUGCUGAACCUGGCCGCGCUCGUCUGGCUGCGCGGCCGGUGGCUGAACCCCAUGGCCGCCGUCCGGUCCUUCCUCCCGUUCGCCGCCGUCUCCUGCGUCGGCGUCCUGAUGGCCGGCUGGUCCUUCCUCCUGGGCAUGGCCGCGUUCACGCUGCUCCUGCUCGGCUGGUUCGUGCUCGGCGUCUACUGCAUGAAGGGCCUCGUCGGCUGA